GCCAAGCCAGCCAUCGUCUUAUCUUUCCCCUCUCUCUCACUCUUUCUCUAGUGGAAGACUUUUACUUUCUCAGUGGCGCUGCAGCUAAAUCACCACCACUAAGGAUCCUCAAAAAAGAGAGAGAGAGAUGAGAAACUUGAUGAUGAUGAGCAGCAUAUUCUUGCAGGCAAUCUUGCUGGUUGCCUUUGUGGGAUGGCUGCUGAAUUGGGUUUUGCUGCCCACCAAGGUUUACAGGGAUUCAUGGCGUCCAAGCCUCUCUUCCACCAACUUCAACUCAGCUUAUUUCGAAGGACAAGGGACGAACCUUCUGCUCUUCUCUUUCCCUGUCAUGUUCAUGGCCGGUUUGGGAUGUGUCUAUCUCCAUUUCCACACCAAUAAGCUCGAGAAGAAGGAGAAAGCCUUCUCCUCCUCAUCUUCCAAAAGGUUUACUACAUUUACUACUAGUACUACACCCUUUUGCUCUCUCUCUAUCUCUCUAUCAAUUACGGGAGUGGAGCUCGCUUUCCUGACAAUGUUUGUGGCGCUUCUCGUCUGGUCGCUCGCAAACUACUUGCACAGGAGUUUUGGCCACUCCCACAAGCUCAAGCACGGCAUAAAACCUUGGCAGGUCAAGUUUCGAAUCGUAGCACUGAUGCUCGGCUACGUUGGGAACAUAUGUUGGGCGUUUCUCUUCUUCCCCGUGGCUAGAGGAUCUUCGUUGCUGCCACUCAUAGGGCUAAACUCAGAGUCCAGCAUCAAGUACCACAUUUGGCUAGGGCACAUCUCCAAUACCCUCUUCACCUUACACGGAAUUGGCUACAUCGUGUAUUGGGCAAUGACCAACAAAUUGUCCGAGAUGUUGGAAUGGAGCAGGACUUGGGUGUCGAAUGUCGCCGGAGAGAUCGCGCUGGUGAUGGCUUUGGCGAUGUGGGCGACGAGCUUUGCUCCGAUCAGGAGGAGGAUGUUUGAAGUCUUCUACUACGCUCACCAUUUAUACGUUUUGUUCAUAUUCUUCUACGUGUUACAUGUUGGUGUCGAUUUCAUGUGCACGGUUCUUCCUGGGAUUUUUUUGUUCUUGAUCGACCGUUACUUGAGGUUCUUGCAGUCUCAGAGGAAAGCUAGGUUGGUGUCGGCUCGGUUGUUGCCUUGUGGCAGCGUCGAGCUCAACUUCUCCAAGUGCCAAGGGUUGCAAUACAGUCCAACGAGCAUCAUGUUCAUAAAUGUGCCAACCAUUUCCAAGCUGCAAUGGCAUCCUUUCACCGUUAUCUCAAACAGCAACUUGGAGCCCGACGAGCUCAGCUUGGUCGUAAAAUGUCUUGGAAGCUGGUCACAGAAACUUUCUCAGCAAAUUUCCACCUCAGCGGACCACCGUCUCGAAGUCUCUGUUGAAGGCCCCUAUGGCCCCGUUUCAUCCCAUUUCCUCAGGCACGAGGCGCUGGUGCUGAUCAGCGGAGGCAGCGGAAUCACUCCAUUCAUAUCCAUAAUCCGAGAAAUCAUCUUCCAGAGCUCAUCAAACCCUAAUUCCCAAAUCCCAUCCCAAAUCCUUCUGAUCUGCGCUUUCAAGAACUCGGCAGAUCUCGCCAUGCUCGACCUCCUGCUCCCCGCCGGCGGCACGCCUCACCCAAUCCCCGAUCUAAACCUCCAGAUCGAAGCCUACAUCACCAGAGAGAUCGAACCGCCGGCGGCAGCUCGAAUCCGAACCAAGCGGUUCAACCCGACCCGGUCCGACCUCCCCAUCGCGUCGAACCUCGGGCCGAACCCCUGGCUCUGGCUCGGCGCGAUCGUCGUCUCGUCCUUCUCCAUCUUCGUCGUCCUGCUCGCGGUGCUCACCCGCCUCUACAUCUACCCGAUCGACCGGAACGCCCGCGACGGCAGCUUCCACUACUCGUUCUUCGUCUUAUUCGAUGUCUUCCUCGCCUGCACCAGCGUUCUCACCGUCUCCUCCGCGGUGUUCAUCCUCCGCAAGAAGCAGAGGGGCUCUGGUGGUGAAGGCGGGAGAGUGAAGAGCCUGGAAAUGGAAAUGGAAGUCGUCUCCCCGUCGCCGCCGCGGCCGGCGGGGAGUUUCGUCGGAGGAGAGGUGGAAAGCGUUCCUGCUCGGCAAGUUGCUGAGGCUACCAAGGUGCAUUAUGGGCGGAGGCCCGAUCUCGAGGGGAUCUUGCUUGGAUGCCAAGCAUCGGAAGUUGGAGUGAUGGCUUGUGGGCCAAGAUCGCUGAGACAUGAAGUGGCCAGGAUCUGUUCGUCCGGCCCGGCCCAAAACCUGCACUUUGAGUCCAUCAGCUUUAAUUGGUGAUUAGCCCGGAACUGAUAACUGUAUACAAAUACAAGGUUCUGGCCUUCUGGGUCUGAGAGGGUAUAAAUAAUAAAUCAAGAAUAAAUAUAUCUAAAUGUAAAAGGGUAAAUGUAUAUAACUUCAAAUAAAUUAGGGGAUCAUUAAUUCUCCCAUCUUGGCUUAAAUGGGUUUACAAGCCUUCAUUUGGGAAUAUAAAAUCAUGACCAUAGAAUAGAUGAAUAAAACAAGGAUGAGAUGUAAUGUAACCGAAGUUUGGG